CCAGUGCGCUGAAGUACGAUAAAAAUUGACUUUCAUAGUAAUUUUAUUCAAGUUCUUCCUAUCUUUAUAUCUCUGAUUUAACCACAAAUCGAGCUGACAGUUGUCACUUGACAUUUUUAGGUUAUUUAUUCCAUGGUUGACGCGCGCUUUAAAAAACCGAAAUUCGUACCGCAAACUUUAUUUAUUUCUAAAAGAUAAGUUUAUUAAAUAUUAUAUGGACCUGACACUAGAUCUUAUACUGAAAUAUCCAUUAAUUCGGUCUUACCAAACUGAUCAGGAUACAUUAUUUGAAGGAAUAAUAUUGCUUUGUAAUAAGGAUUUCAAUAUAUCUAUAAGAAAGAGACCUGAUUGUAGCUACAAGCUAAACUACUUGGAUACGAAAAAUUCGAAAAUUCUACAAGAUAUUCAUGAUUAUCUAAAAUGCAAUAAGAACAGUACGAUAAUUGAGGUGUUGGAUAAAAUUAAAACAUUUUUAACAUUAAAUGAGCCAAACGCAAACAUAAUAGAUGUUAGUGAUGCCCAUUUAAGGGUUUUACAUGAAUACUCCGAAUUUACAAACUUUUUCUUAAAUUUAGAAACAUGUUCUUUAAGCAAAGAUUUAACAGAAAUUAAUGUAUCUAUUUUAGAUGAAAAAUCUAGAACUCACUGCACUAAGAUACUAGUUAAUUACUCUACAGACUUAGCACAUACAUUUUAUUUUAAGUCAAUCGAUUUGCCUGGAAAGGACCCAGAUAUUUUAAGAUCAAGUGAUAGUUUGACAGCUUUAUUUGAUGGAUUUCUUGGUAAAAUUGAUUUAUUGCAACCAUUUUUUGAUAUAAUGGAUGAACUUGAUGAACACUGUACGAUUCUAGAUCCAGAAAGACCUGUUAGGAAAGAUUAUUAUAGGAGGAUUUGGUUAGGAGAAAAUGUAUCAGCUACAAUAACUGUAGAUCCUUAUAAUGUACACUUAAGACCAGAUGUACGUUUCUUAGGACCCAGCAGACUUGUAAAAAAUUAUGGUAUAAAGUUAAAUGAAAAUUUUUCUAAGUGGGAUUGCCAGCAAGGGUUUUUGUAUGCAGUGCAACUAUUAUUAGGUUUAGAGUCAUUUCCAAAGCGUUUAGAGAAAAAGAAAUCUGUAGGAAUAUUAGUAGAGUAUGGAGAAUGCAGCAUAUGCUUCAGUUUGCGCUUGGAUAACAAACCGCCAGACAUAAUUUGUCCUAAUAAAAGUUGCGAAAAAUUUUACCAUAACAGAUGUAUAUACGAGUGGUUAGUUUCACUUGAUAGCAAGAAGGUUUUCAACAAUAUAUCAGGGAGUUGUCCUAGCUGUGAGAAGAUUAUAAGUUGUCCAGUGUUAGAAUAAGAAAAAAAAGGCUUAAGAAUUUUAAAUAAAGUGUAUUUAUUUUUUCUAUUUUUGUAAUAUAACCUUAUAACAAU